AUGGCCGAACCGCUGGCUGUGGUUGGAGUAGUGGCCAGCCUGGUGCAGCUCACCGACGCCUCGAUCCGAACCUGUCUUUGUCUAUAUGGCUUCUUUUUGGGCCUGCGUAAUUCGCAACCCGAGUUCCAUCGCCACGCAACUGUAAUUCGGGAUGUCCACGAUGCAAUUCAAUCGAUCCGCGGAACAGUUGUCAGCCAGAACUUGAGCGAAGCCGAAAAGAAAGGUCUUGUCAGUCAUCUCAAUAGCAUGGACCAAGAACUGUCGACUCUUGAGAAAGAAACAGCGGCCAAAGAUCCAGCCAAGUUAAAGGCGAGGAUUAUCCUGGCUUUGAAGUCAGCCGAGACAGAGCGAGCACUACAGAGGCUUGAGAACCACAAAACAACCCUUCUACUCUAUCUGCAGGCAUUAAGCUUUAAUCGCGCUGAGAAGAUUCUUUGUUCCCAGAAUUCAGCAGAGGCUCGCCUGCAAUCUCUCAUAGAGCAGCAGGAUAGACACGAAAGCGCCAUACGAAGUGAUAUUGAAAAUGGCAUAGAAGAUCUCAGUGAGAAAAUGGGAAUCCUGGACUCUGCCGUUGGUAUCUCCCAAGAAUGCUUAAGGGAGGGCUUCUUCACCAUAUCUCGUGAGAUACAGGUUUCUGGGGAACAUCUGAGAAGCAUAUUUCGCCAAGAACUGCAGCGUCAACUUCAGCCGCUUGUUGAAGAGGCCAUGACAAGAUCUGAAAUGCGGAGGGCAGCUACUCCUAGGCAGCUCUGCCUAGAUGUGGGCGCGGCGACAACUUCAGUUACGACGGUCAGAGUGAUUCGGGGAAGAGAUGUACCGGGAUUGCUGCUCUCUAGGAUUGACAGGACUGACAUAGUUCAUUUUUUUGGUUGGGUAGCCGUAGGGUACGUUGGCACCAUGGCGGCGGCGAUGAAGUAA